GUUUCUCCCGGGGCUGAGCGGAGAAAGUCCCACUGCGGAGUCGGCUGCGAGAUGAUGGGGGGCUCCUGCGCACUGGACUUGGGGGUCCUCCUUGGGGCGGCAGUGCUGGCGGUGCUGGUCUCCCCUCCGGAGGUGCUGGGCGUGGAGGAGCCGCCAGAGCAUUUCCUCUUCCAGAAGAAGGCCGAGUGCCACUUCUCCGCCUCCUCCGCCAACGGGACGCUGCAGCGCAUCCGCUUCCUGCAGAGGUACUUCUGGGACCGGCAGGAGCAGCUCUACUUCGACAGCGACCGAGGGAGGUUCGUGGCCGUGGCUGAGCUGAGCGAGCCCGAAUUCGAAGCCUUUAACAAGGACAAGGACAUUCUGCGCGGCCAGAUGGCCAACGUGGAGGUCUGCCGGCACAACUACGGGAUCCACGCGCCCUUCGCCCACGCCCGCCACGUCCAGCCCAAGGUGAAGAUCACACCCACAGAGGAUGACUCCUCAUCGCACAACACUUUGCUGAUUUGCACCGUGGCCGGCUUUUUCCCUCCAAAGAUCGAGAUCAAGUGGUUCAGGAACAGGAAGGAGGAGACCAGAGUGUGGACCACAGACGUCACCCGGAAUGGGGACUGGACCUUUCAGAUCCAGGUGAUGCUGGAGGCGCAGCCAGAACGCGGAGACGUCUAUGCCUGUCAGGUGGACCACACCAGCUUCGAGGGCCCCGUCACCGUGCAGUGGGAGCCACAGUCGGACUCCGCCAAGAGCAAGAUGUGGACGGGGAUUGUGGGGAUCGUGCUGGGGCUGGUCUUUGUGGCAACCGGACUCACCCUCUACCUGAAGAAGAAGAAAGGGCGAUCCAUCCCUCAGCCUGCAGCGCUCAUCAGUUAGACUUCGCUGCUCCGUGGGGAUCCCCCGAUGUGGAGGAGCACCUUUCUGCCCCCCCCUCGGCGAGUGUCUGCCUGUCCUUGCUCUGAAGACGCAGACUUUUGGAGGUGACAGAGGACCCUUCGCAGAGACAAAGCCACUCCCUCCAGAGCCCCACAUGUCUUCCGCCUUUCAUGUCUCCUUUUUGGGGGGAGAAGGGAAAGGGGGGUCCUAUUUGGUGUUUUCUUCCAGCUCUGUAAGCCUGGCUGAUCUUUCUGGCACAUGUCUUUGUUGGGUCAGGAUUUGUGACCCAGUUGCCCGCAGAACUAUAAUUCACUUGCUUUACUUGAAAUGGCUUGGGCGUCAUGGGAAACUGAACCAAAGUGGCCUUUGAAUGACUUUUGAUAUAAAAUGUCGGUUUAUUUCCUGGUGACCUGACCCUUACCUACAUUCCAGUGGCUCGAAUAAUAAAAGCCGGUUUAAGCUGGAAAGCCUUACUAUUAUGUGUUUCUUGUUUUACAUCUAUGCCUAUAACCUUGCUUAUUGUUACAAAUGUGCCUUGCAUAGAAAUGUUAAAAGUUAUUCCGAUGCCCCACAGACCUUGACUUGUAACACCCUUUAAUAUGCAAGCUUAGUAAUUUCAUGUCUGUCUCCACUUGAGGGGCGCCCGGUUGCAGCUGGGCCUCCUCUUCUAGCUGUUCCCUUUGUCUGUUCAUGCAGAGUGCUUAUCUCAAGGACAUGCGAAAUAUGCAGACAUAGAGUCUAAAAGAUAGUCUCAAUGUUUCUACUUGUGCCCUUCCUCGGUACCCCUUUACCUCCUUCUACAUAUCUUAAGGUUGAAAUAACUAGCAAUUGCUUCUUUUGUAUUUAUGACGUUACCCCGAUAUUGUAAACUUCGGGGAGAGGCUAUAUAUACCCUAAGCUAUCAAUAAACGAGGUUCCCAUGCUGACCUGCCUUGGCUUGUGAGUAUUGGGUCCCCUAUGCAAA